UGAGCGAGUAGCUGGUGUCCGUUGUUUAGUAAACCUAAUAUUAUGUUUACUUGGUUCGUAAUGGCUGUGUAAUCUCUAGUGCUGCUUGCCAUUGAGAUGAGACGUGAACACGAAAGUCGAUACGCACUUUUGCUUUGAACUAUCUUUUACUUAAACUUUUCCUACGAAACUUCAAUUAGUGCAAUUGUAUUCAAAUAAAAUUCUAAAAUCGGCAAGAUGACGAUGAGUCAAUUGUCAGUAAUCAAACUGUACAAUACAGUUGUGGACGAUGUGAUAUCAAGCGUAAGGGACUGUUUCCUUGACGAUGGAGUUGACGAACAGGUACUUCAAGAGCUCAAAUCGUUAUGGAAAACGAAACUGCAGUCGAGUGGGGCCAUGGACCCGCCGCAACCCGAACCAACGAUGCCUCCACCACCAGUGCUGCAGAACUUCCAAAAAACAAACGGUAAUAAUGUUUUACCCAAAAGAAAUGAUGCUCAUCUUGCGCAACAAAGUUCCAGCCAAAACUCGGGCGUAGAACAUGGCGCACCAGCAAAUAUGCAAGGGUCACAUCCACAUCCAAUAAUGGACCCAAACAACAAGGUGCCUGUGCAAUUGACACUGCCAGCUCAGCCUGGUGUUCCCGGGUCACAGCCUCGAUCAUUUACUAUUCAAAUUCCUGCUUCUGCUCUGAAUGGCAAUAAGCUGCACCAGGUUCUUACAGGACCCAUCAUCAAUGCCACAAUAUCACUGCCCCAGCCAUUAGCUGCAACACUUCUUCAGCAACACAUAAACUCUGCUCUAGCUGGACAACAAAGUGAAUUUGAUGGUGGCGGGGGUGGCCGCAGUGGUGCAGCUCCGUUCUCUUUAGACGGAGCAUUAGAUUCUUCUGAUGAUGAAGGUUCUAAUGUUGGGGAUGGCUCAGAAGAUGGAGCAGGAGAUGAUGAUGAGGAUGAUGAAUCUCCCGAUGAAAGAGCUGAAGAAGAGGAAGAGGAGAGAGAUGACAGUGGCGGUGCGGAGGAGGAACCUCUUAAUUCUGGUGACGAUGUUUCGGAUGAGGAGCCAGGUGACAUGUUUGACACUGAUAAUGUUGUUGUAUGCCAGUAUGACAAGAUUACACGCAGCCGGAAUAAGUGGAAGUUCUACCUAAAAGAUGGUAUUAUGAAUCUGUCCGGAAAGGAUUACGUCUUUCAAAAAGCAAAUGGUGAUGCAGAGUGGUGAAUCAUUUGUCCACUGCUGUAGAUAAUGUUGUGUUUUCAAAGACAUUGCUUUGAUGUGUCUGGACUGCAAAAUAUAGGCACCAUUCUGGGGAUAUUGAGAAUUGAUAUCUCAAUUCUAUUAACAACAUGUACACAAUAUUGACUUUAGUCUGGAUUUAAUUAAUUGUGAAAUGUGAAUUAUUUAUGUUCAAAGUGCAAUUAAUUGCUGUACUGUAUUAUUUAUGAUAUGUUUCAUAUAUUCAUAUAUUGCAAGAUUGGUAAGCAGAGUAGAUAAAAGGUUUAAUCUAUUUGCUAUGGUAACAUUGUCCAUAUCUGCUGUAUUCACUACUAUACUUCCCUCUUUCUGCCAAUCCGAGUUAGUUAUUGUAAUGUUUUGGUAAAAGAAAGUAAGUCAUUGUAAUUAACACAUUUAUGUGUAAGGACACUGUUGUGUUUAUUAUGCAUGUAACAUUUUCUAAUUUGACCACGUCCUUAAUGAGAAUGUCAUAUUGAAGUUUUACGAUAAAAUGUCAGUAAUUUCAGAUUAAAGUCAAUGUUUGUAAUGAUGACUUAUGGAAACUCAUUGAGGAAUACCAAAUUGAUGGUGUCAGUUCAAUGAAAUAGUAAUAAUCGUUGAUAUAUGAGCUUGGAUGUUAGUUAUAAUAAAUCUAAUAUGUAUGUUAUAAACUCAUGUAAUUGCUAUUUUAGCUUCACUAAACCAUAUAACAUGCAUCCCAAGUACAUAGUAUGAUAAUAGCAAAUCUUAACCUACACAUCUCUAGUGCCAUAAAACUGGAAUAUGCCUUAUAUAAGAAUCACUUGUAUAAUUUUUCAAAACAUGUUUGUCAUACAUAUUUAUCGAGUCUUUAUAAUAUAAAAAAAUAUCUGUGUAUUUCUUAUGCAUAACCCACAUAUAUGGUAAAA